AACAAACUGUUCUCUCUCUCUCUCUCUCUCUCUCUCCGUGCGAUUUCAGGAAAAUGGCUGAGGCCAGUAUUUCAGUAGCUCAGGACCAGUUCAUGUGUCCAGUGUGUCUGGAUCUCCUGAAGGAUCCGGUGGCUAUCUCCUGUGGUCACAGUUUCUGUAAGGUGUGUAUUAAUGGCUGCUGGGAUCAGGAGGAUCAGAAGGGCAUCUACAGCUGUCCUCAGUGCAGAGACACUUUCACGACAAGGCCUGUUCUACGCAGAAACAACAUGCUGGAUGAAGUGGUGGAGAAACUGAAGAAGACUGAAGUCCAAGCUGCUUCUCCUGCUCACUGUUACGCUGGACCUGGAGAUGUGGAGUGUGAUUUCUGCACUGGGAGAAAACACAAAGCCGUCAAGUCCUGUCUGAUGUGUUUGGCUUCACUUUGUGAAACUCAUCUGAAACCUCACUACGAAGUUUCUUUAUGGAAAAAACACACAUUAAUUGAAGUCUCAGCAAAACUCCAAGAGAAGAUCUGCUCUGAACAUAACAAGCUGAUUGAGAUCUACUGUCGUACUGAUCAAACCUGCAUCUGUUAUUUGUGUAUGAUGGAUCAUCACAAAGGUCACGACACCAUCACAGUUGCAGGAGAAAGAGCUGAGAAACAGAGUGAGUUAAAGGAGGAGCAGAUGAAAUCCCAGCAGAGAAUCCAGGAGAAGCAGAAGAAGGUGCAGGAGCUGAAACAGGCUGUGAACACUAUAAAGCUCAGUGCACAGACAGCAGUGGAGGACAGUGAGAGGAUCUUUACUGAGCUGAUCAGCUCCAUGGAGAAAAAGCGCUGGGAGGUGACGGAGCUGAUCAGAGAUCAGGAGAAGGCUGAACUGAGUCGAGCUGAACGACUCCUGGAGCAACUGGAGCAGGAGAUUGCUGAUCUUCAGAGGAGAGUCACUGAGCUGGAGCAGCUCUCACACACACACGAUCACAUCCAUUUCCUCCAGGUUUUAGCUUCUGGACGUCGGUCUACUACAAGGAUCAGACCAAAUUUCCACACAUCCAGCAUCACUGUCCAUCAACAUCUGUCAUUUGAUGGAGUGAAGAAUUCUCUCUCAGGUCUGAAAAAGAGACUCGAGGAAUUCUGUGAGGAGGAAUUCAACAAAAUCCCUCCACAUGCUGCAGCAGUUCAGAUCAUUUCAGGAGCAGAACCACAGAGCAGAGAAGAGUUUCUGAAAUAUUUCUGUUAUCUGACUCUGGAUCCCAACACGGCACAUCGUCACCUCAUUCUGUCUGAGAAGAACAGAGCGGUGAGAGGCAGUGAGAGAGAGCAGUGUUACUCUGAUCAUCCAGAAAGAUUUGAUUACUGGUGUCAGGUGUUGUGUAAGGAGAGUGUGUGUGGACGCUGUUACUGGGAGGUGGAGUGGAGCCGUGCUGGUGGUGUGUUCAUAUCAGUCUCAUAUAAAGACAUCAGCAGGAAAGGACGGGGUAAUGAGUUUAGGUUUGGAUGCAACAAUCAGUCCUGGAGUCUGCGGUGUUCUUCUUCUCUCUCUUUUUGGCACAACAACAUUAAGACUAAUCUCAGAGUUCCAUCCCCCUCCAGAAUAGGAGUGUAUGUGGAUCACAGUGCAGGAACUCUGUCCUUCUACAGCGUCUCUGACACGAUGAAGCUCCUCCACAGAGUCCACACCACAUUCACUCAGCCUCUAUACGCUGGGUUUGGACCCUACUGGUCUCCUGGUUCUACAGUGAGAUUGUGUGAUCCAGAAUAAGUGUGUAGUGUUUUCUGUAAAAUUCCUGCACGUUGCCACAUUGUUGCUCAGUCGUCUGUUUCACUAGAACACAAUCCAGCUGCACAAAAACACUCAUUUUAAUAUUUAAAUUAUAAAAUAUGCCGAUGUCGUGUUCAUCCCAUAUUCAGCCUGGAUGAUGAUUGGCCUGCAGAUAGAACCUUAUAAAUCCAGGUUUAUCUGUGAGUUCGGGUUUUUUAUUCAAAUAUGACAGUCAAAGCUUUGCAGAAUAAAAGAUAAGAGCACAGGAGAAUAAAGUUUCCCCCAGUGAUGGAGUUUCUGUGCUGAACUCAUUUUCAGACAGAAGCUUUUAAUACUGAGGUCGGGAUGUCAGCAGGCUGCUGUGUUGAUACGCAACGGGUUUUUUUUCCACUUUGGAUGGAUAUUUUUAGAUGAUUUAAUCUGUGGGAAAUAACGACAGUGUCCUAAAUAUGUGUUUGUGAAAAUCACUGUAAACAUACAAGUGACUUUUUCCUCCAAAAAACAUCUCUUUUAAUGUUGUCAUAUAUUGUGUGUGUGAGUAAUGAUGAUAAAUUUGUCUCUGUGAACUGGAUCUGUCUGUGGUCUGACUCCUGAUUUAGAU